UUUUUUUUACCCAAACUUUAGAAUUCACUGGUUCAGACGUUCACUUAAUUCAACUCGAUUGCUAUUGUUUUCAUUCAACAUAAAAUGGUACUCAGAAAUUCCGAGUUAUGGCGAUUCUUUAUCAAAGAAGCUUCCAAUACAUCAAUGGCGGUCCUCAAGUUCUUCUGCUUCCUCCAUGUCACUCGUACCUACGUUCUCGAUGUUGCCAGCAUUCCAGGCGCAAGUAUGCUUCCAACCUUUAAUAUCACAGGGAAUAAUGUAGUUCUAGUCGAUCGAAUUUCGCCUCGAUUUAGCAACAUUGCUACUGGAGAUGUUGUCAUUGUUUGGUCGCCUGAAAACCCUAGAAAAGUCAUCACUAAACGAUUGCUCGGUGUUGAAAAUGAUCGUGUCACCUAUCUUGUUGAUCCUAAGCACAGUGACGAAUCUAACACCGUUGUGGUCCCAAAGGGGCAUCUAUGGGUGCAAGGAGAUAACAUAUAUGAAUCAAGAGAUUCAAGAAACUUUGGCCCUGUUCCUUAUGGUCUUCUCUAUGGAAAAGUAUUUUGGAAAAUUUGGCCGAUGAAAGAUUUUGGACCAUUGUGAUUAGCUCCUACAACCCAGAGAAAGGUAUGAUGAACAGACUUGGUUUGACUUUAAAGAUGGCAAUGUGUAAAGGUCUGAAGGAUGUUAUCAUAUCUUAAUCUGACCAAAAAGACCUUUAAAUGACGAGUGAUUCCUGCUAAAUAAUUCUUGACUGGGUAUGUUUGGCAGCAUGUUGAAGGGAGGUCAUAUGAGCUUAGGCUGCCUUCUACAGAUCUAUAAUCCAUUCCAUUACAUUCUCAUACUGAAAUAUGCUCUAUUAGUUUUGUGCCAAAUAUGGAAUUGGUUUCAAAUGGAAUUGUUUGUAUUUACACUAGAUAUACUUAACAACAUUGGACUUCUGUCUUUCUAAAAUGCUCCUCAUUUUCUGUUCCAGUUUCUGCAGAAGAAAUUUGUGAACUUUUGGUUUGCUGGAUCCAACUAAUGAGUCCUUUGACAUAACACAAGUAUGCCUCAUGGUUUGGUGGGGUACUUUGCUGGCAGUGAUCGGCAAAAUGCACAAAAUUCAGGACAGGAUGUAAAUGCACAAGUUGUUGCAUUAUUUUUUACACUGAAAAAACAUUCGCUAAUAUGUUUUAGUAGUAGUUAGUACAGUAGCAGGUUGUGUCUGUACAAAUUUGGAAUGGAGAUAUUUGUAAAAGCCUUAUCUUGUCGAUAUUACUCCGUAUUAAUUCUUGUUCAACUCCCAGUGGUGUUCAUUGCAUGGAGAAGUCCUUCGCAGCAUGCAAUUAGUCAUUUUGGUGAAUGUGAUAAGCUACACCUGUUGGCCAGCUCCCUCCCUUGUCCUUUGGUUUGAUGAUCUUAUGGUAGAGUACAGGGUGCAUCACCGAGGCUUACAUCGUUGUUCGUUGUUCGUUGCUCGUUGAUCGCAUAAAUUUCCGAUUGAGCAGUCUUCUGCAUAGAAUGGCUCCUAAAAGUUAUUGUAAACAGCGGAUUUUAUUGUGAGAAUUUUACACAUUUUGACGCUUGAUCAUAUUUCUUGAGAUAUGGAGUACUUUUUGUGGUAAAUUCACAUUGCUGUAGGCAUGUAAAACACGGUUUCAAUACCAAGUAAGGUUGUGAAUUUGCACUUUAAUAUAAUAGUAGAAAAUCACUAAUUUUGUUC